GCCCCAGCAUGUCCGCCGAUGGCCAGCAGGGCGACGAGCCUGGGUUGGACGACGUUGCCCAGCAGAUUUUCUUGGCCGACCGCUGGGCGCAGCUGAAGGCGAGCAAGGACAAGCUCCUCCUCUUCAUCCUCCAGGCGUGCGCCCCGUUCCUGGCCGCGCUCCAGCCCGAUCGGCGCGACCUUGUGUGCCUGGAGGUGAUUGGGUCCACGUCUAUCUCCGAGGAGUGCAGCUUGUUCGGCCCGAGCAUACCCUACAACGACCUCUACGGCCGCCAGCACGACGUCUUGGGGGACGAGGGCUUCGCGCACCUCCUCGAGCUGAGCCUACGCGUCCAGCAGGGGGGCACCGUGUUCUUUACGCCCUUGACUGCGACAUGGCUCCCCUCGGACGCAGCCGCGCAGUCGAGGACCAAAGAGAACCCAGGGGGGGACAUUAGCCAGCAGCUCAUACACGACGCGAACCUCCAG